AGUCUUCACUUUCUGGAGGCUGCAGUGCGGAGACUCUCGGCGCCCGCCUGCCCGGGCCCCGCGCCGCGCUGUCCAGGCAGCAGCCUAAGUCUUAGAGCACGGGAGCCGCGCCGCCCAGGAGCUACCGGAUGGCAGAGCAGCUGGCCUUCCUGAUAGGAGGCAUCAUUGGAGGGCUGCUUCUGCUGAUCGGAGUGAGCUGCUGUCUGUGGAGGAGGUUUUGCGCCACCUUCACCUAUGAGGAACUGCCAGAGACGUCAGACCCGGCCACCAUCUCUUACUUCAGCAGAAAAGAGGACAGGCUCUACCAGUAUUCUGGGACCCCACCUGGCAGGCUACCAAGUGUACCAUUUGUGGUACCCCCUUCUCACCAAGGUCGAGACUGGGUGCCCCUACAUGGUGGUGAUUGGGCUGUGGCCCCACAGGACCCCUGCCCUGUCCCAGAGCACAUGGCCUGCACCUCCAGUGCCAAACCUGGAGAUGCAUGUGAGAUGGGGAGCAUCAACCCAGAGCUGUACAAGUCCCCGGAGGACACGAGUGAGACAGGCUUCCCUGAUGGCUGCCUGGGCCGGCUGUGGUUCUCGGUGGAGUACCAACAGGAGUCUGAGAGGCUGCUGGUGGGCCUGAUCAAGGCCCAGCAACUGCAAGUCCCCUCUGAGACCUGCAGCACCUUGGUGAAGCUCCACCUGCUGCCUGAUGAACGGCGCUUCCUCCAGUCCAAGACCAAACACAAAAUUUGUAACCCACAGUUUGAUGAGAACUUCAUCUUCCAGGUAUCCAGCAAAAGUGUCACCCAGAGAGUGCUGAAGUUCUCCGUGUACCAUGUAAACAAGAAGAGGAAGCACCAGCUCCUGGGACAGGUGCUAUUCCCAUUGAAGAAUGAGACUCUGGCAGGGGACCACCACCGUAUCAUCUGGAGAGACCUGGAAGCUAAGAACCUGGAGCCCCCCUCGGAGUUUGGUGAUAUCCAGUUCUGCCUCAGCUACAACGACUACCUGAGCCGCCUGACUGUGGUCGUGCUCCGAGCCAAGGGUCUCCAGCUCCAGGAGGACAGAAGUGUUGUCAGUGUGUUUGUCAAGGUGUCUCUGAUGAAUCACAACAAAUUCGUCAAGUGCAAGAGGACUUCGGCUGUACUGGGCUCCGUCAACCCUGUGUACAAUGAAACCUUCAGCUUCAAGGUUGACACCAAUGAGCUGGACACCGCCAGCCUUAGCCUGGUGGUGCUGCAGACCACAGAAGGGAACAAGAGCUCCCCCCUGGGCCGCGUGGUAGUGGGCCCCUACAUGUACACCCGUGGCAAAGAGCUGGAACACUGGGGGGAGAUGCUUCGCAAGCCGAAGGAGCUGGUGAAGCGCUGGCACGCACUCUGCCGCCCCACGGAGCCCUGAGCCAUUGUGUCCCCAUCAGGAUGUGCGACACCACACCGUGGACAUCUCUAACAUUCAGUGGUGCACUGUGGGGCUAGCCUGAGCUCAUGGGUGUUCAUGUGCAGGAAGGAAAAGGGAUACAACCCAGUUUCAGCCAGUAUCUGACCAGGAGCCUCUCCCAACCCACCUAACCCCUCCGGAUCUGCAGGGCUCCUGAUCAUCAAGGUCAUGACCUCAAACAGGAUCUCAGAGAUUGAGAACUGAUAUGUUUGGUGGAGCACAGCUGCACAUGAAUGGGAGCACAGCACCAGCUAAGUCUCGCCACCUUGGAAAGCUGGUGGUGGGUUGAGUCCACUGCUGCACUGUUUUUCAAGCUGGGCAUUCUGUCUUCCACCCAGUAGAGUGAACUGUGGGCCACUACAGGGAGAGCCCUACUGAGCAGCCCAACCACAUACCAGGAGGUCAACGAGGUGGUCGGCACAGCUUGCCACAUAUCUACUCCCUGGAGCCAUAUAACCCAAUGCAGCCAAAUUUGCAUGACAUCUUGAGCACAGCCAUCCUCUUCAGGAUGCCACACCUCAAGCCCCACUCCAGGUGAUCUCUUGCUGGGUUUCAUGGUUACCUGGUUAUCAGAAUUUGGGCAUUCAUUUCCUAACUCUUACUUUGGACAGGUGAAUCCAUGGGACCAUGGUAUUGUGCACAAGAUCGAUGACUGUGACAAGAGGUAUAAACUUCAUUAGGUCAGUGGUCCCCAGAAUCAAAGUCGCUGUCACCAAAUGCCCAUUAGUUGAUCUAGUGAGCAGCCACUGUGCCUGUUAUUUCUCUGUGUGUCUGUACCCUAAGCUGCAGACAGGCAGACAAGACCAUGCACUAUACUUAAAGCUGAACUCCCUGCCUGUAUCUCUCUUGUCGUCUGCAGUGAAGUGACGGGAGCGUUAUCUGUGCCUCUUUAGGUCCACUUCUAAUGGCUAUCAGUACGCAAAUAUCAGUUCUGCCUGACUGGUCCAAAAGAACACACCAUCUUAUUUGUUUCUUUCUCUCUUACUUCAUGUACAUACUUUCAGAGUGACUCACACUGCAGUGGCUUCCAAUAGCUACACACACACACACACACACACACACACACACACACACACACACACGGAGAUUCUUGAAAUAGAACUACAGUGUUUCAUCUGGAACCUGGAGGCCAUGGAUGCCACCACACUCAUAGUCCAGCGUGAGACUCGUGAUUUGCAGUGGUUUUUCCCUGGAUGACCAGGGAAAGUUGGCGGACUGGUACAUCUGACAGGCCUCUGAGAAACUGUAAUGGCAAGAAAUCAGCAGGCAGUGUGCUCUGAGGAGUGACAGGAGGAGCAGCCAUAUUGUAGGGACAUGUGUAGACUUAGAAUGGCAAAGAGGCAUGCAGGUUUUCGUGGGCCAGUGUGAGCUCGCAGGGGCUGUCUCAGAUCCUGUGACUCUAGAAGAAAGUUUUACAGUCCCACAGAAUAUCUUAAAAUAAGGUGAUCAGUUUCUCAGAAAAGUAUACAAUUUGAUCCAAUUUUAUUUAACACAUACUAAUAUGAGAACCCUCUGACAAAUGUAGGUUAUUCAACUUUCAAUCCGUUAGCAUGAUAUGUUUAUCCACUUGUUUUACUUUUUUGGUUUUUUGUUUGUUUGUUUUUUGAGACAGGGUUUCUCUGUAUAGCCCUGGCUGUCCUGAAACUCACUUUGUAGACCAGGCUGGCCUUGAACUCAGAAAUCUGCCUGCCUCUGCCUCCCAAGUGCUGGGAUUAAAGACGUGCGUCACCACCGCCCGGCCACUUGUUUUACUUUUAAUAAGAGGGUUUGGGGAUUUGUAGGAGACAGAGGGGUCAAGGGCACGACAAGAAAACUUACAGAAUCAACUAAGUUGGGCCCAUAAGGGCUCACAGAGGGUGAACUACCAACCAGAAAGCCUACAUGGGUCUAGCCUAAGGCCUCUGCACAUAUGAUAUGGUAUAGCUGUGUAACUGGGUCCUUAAGUGGACAGCAGGGGCAGGUGCUGUCUCUGACUCUGUUGCCUGCCUUUUGGUCCCUUUCCUCCCACUGGGCUGUCUUGUCUGGCCUCAACAGGAGAGGAUGCACGCAGACCUGCUACAACUUGAUAUGCCAGGCUUCCGUGGGAAACCUCCCCUUUUCUGAAGAGAAACUGAGGAGGAGUGAGUGGGAAGGGAGUCGGGGAGGGGACUGGGAAGAGAGGAAAGGAGAAAACUGUCAGAUAUAAAGUAAAUAAAUUAAUU